GCAGUAGGUCGGUUUGAAACGGCAAAGACAGCGUUUUCCAACUGACGAAUAAUAACUUGGGAAACGGAGAAGUGUGGCAGAUAAUGUACAAACAGAUGUCCUCAGACGAAGAGGAACCAAACAGUCCUGUUCUGCCCAAGGACUCAGAUCGGGGCAGCUCUGUGUCCUCUGAGCUUCAGGAUGAGUAUGAGGAGCUCCUCCGUUAUGCUGUGGUCACCCCGAAGCUUGAGACACUCACCAGCGCUCACUGGCAGCGGUUGAGCACCUCACGUCUGUCUGCAGAGGGUCGGGGUUCCCAGAGAAAAGACGACACAAAAUUACAGCGCCCAGCAGAUACUGCCACUGAAGCCAGAGAUGGGAGGCAUUCUAGCAGGAGUGUGAGAUCACCGCUGCCCUCCCCCUUGAUUAUUGAGCCUGCCACACACUCAAGAGCCUCUCAUGCUGAGGAGAUAGCAGGCCGGUCAUCUGGCAGGGUGUCAGCGCUCUCAGACGCUCCCUUUGACAGGUUGCAGGUGACGUCUGAGAGGUCCAGGCCGCACAGCCCAGACCCCCUCGAGUCUGCUGUGACAGAGAUGUUUAUCUCAGAGGAGAACAUAAGCAAGAUGGAGAACAUUCUGGACACAUGGAGCAACAAACUGAAGUCAAAUGUGCUGAUGGAGCUACGGAAGUGGAGGCUGGCCUUCGUGGAGCAACACAAGCUGGAGAUGAGGAAAGAGAAGGAGAGGUAUGCAGCCCAGGCAGCUGGCCUGAGGUCAGAGCUGGACAGCAUGAAGGGGUUGCUACACACCUACGAGACUUCCAACCAGAGAAAAGAUGAGGUGAUUGUGAACCUGAGCCAGGUGUUGGACAGACAAAAAGAAAAGCUUGAAAAGAUGAGGGCCUUUACCCAGUGGAGACUUCAGCAUACUGAGGCCAAAGAGGAGGCUCAUGCUGCUCAGGUAGCUCGGCAGCACUACAAUCUGCAGCUGAAGAGGAAGGUGUGGUUAGCGUGGCACUCUCUGAUCCAGAAACACUGGAAGGUCAAAGUGGAGCGGGCUUGCCGCACGAGGGCUGAAGAGGUCUGCGCUCGUCUGUCCACAGAGUAUGAGGCCAAGUUGGCAGAGCACUGUGAGGCUAUAGAGAAGGCUCAAGCAGAGAUUCAGAGGCUUCGACUGGAGCGUGAGCGCUAUGAGGAAUCUAUGAAGAAAGCCUUCAUGAGGGGCGUAUGUGCUCUCAACAUGGAGGCCCUCAGCAUGUUCCACACCACAGAGGGACAGCCAGAGCAACCUCCAGUUCACGAUCAACAUGGUGAUCCUCUGUCUUCCCAGGAAGAGCCUGCCUCUGCUACGAUGGCUCAACUUCAACCAUAUCCCAUCUCCUCCACACGGUUCAGCCCAGUCCAUUUUGACCGCCCGGAUCCUCCCUCCCACAGUGAAGCAGAGGAUGUGGUGGGCUCUGGUGUUCCCAUGUCCAGGGCAGAAGUUAUCCCUCCCACUACAGUGGUGCACAGCACACUCCCACUUGGGGGCACUGCAAGUUCCCACAAACAGGUGAGUGGCCGCGUCGUCACAGCCAGUCAGCAAAAACCCUCAAAGACUGUAACGGCUCGUGUCACUGCACGACCUGAAGUGAGUAAGGCUGCACGUAGCAACCUCCAGGUGUUGGGUGUGGCUCCACCCAUGAGCUCUGUGAUAGUUGAACGCCAUCAUCCUGUUACACAGCUCACCAUCGGUCAGGCCACGGCUGCUAAGUUUCCUCGCUCCUCCCAACAGGGCCACAGCUCCAGCGGAGGGAGAGGCUCCUCCAAAACACAAACCAGCACAUGCCAUGUACACUCCAUCAAAGUAGUUGACUGAUGACACACACACAUCUCUCAGACAGUAUUGCUCACCUAGUGUAGAUUCAACAUUUAACGCAUCCUAUGCAACAAUCGUAGAAAUAGUUACCAUGGCAUUAGUUUCAAGUCCACUUUAUUUUUUACAUCUUGGAAUGAUUCAGCCCUCGCUCUCUACAUUUGAAGUGAUCAUUUUCAUGAAUAUGAAAUGAACAAUUUCCUGAGCAGUAGAAUUUUUCCUCAGGAAAGUAGACACAGGUGUUUAGAACUGUACAUGUAAAUGUUUUUAAUUGUUAUUUAAUUAUUAGCAGCUGGACAGUUAAGAAUCACAAAAUGGACAUUUAUGUCUAUGAAAAUUUUUUACUUUAAAUUAUGCACAGCUGGGGGUGUACUGUAAUGUGUAUAACCACAUAUUGUAAAUAUUGUGCUACUGAUGAUUUCUACUGACUGACCGUCCAACACCACAGGUUGUUCACUUUACUAAAGCAAAGCCAUAUGUUAAUAAUCUGAUGCACAAUUUUCUUUUUAAAAUAAAUUAUUUUAAUGCUAA